GUACGCGCCAGUCGGAGGCGGAGGGAACGGUUCUGUGUUGCACGUUGAUGUUUAUAUGAAUUAGCGGUUCGUCAUUUGCGUAGUGCGAACAGCGUGACUGGGAGCAGAAAUGUCUGUCACAGAGAUGUUCAGUUAUAUCCAGGGUUUCCUGAGCGCCGACCAGGACGUAAGAGAGGAAAUCCGUAAGGUGGUCCAGGUGUUGGAGCAGACUGCCAGGGAAAUCCUAACUGUACUCCAAAGCGUCCACCAGCCGUCUGGGUUCAAAGAAAUUCCCAGUAAAUGCACAAAGGCACGGGAGUUGUUCUGCACAGUCAGGACACAAGUGGCAGACCUCAAAACCAAAUUCCCUGUGGAACAGUAUUACAGGUUCCAUGAACACUGGCGGUUUGUCCUGCAGCGGCUGGCAUUCCUCGCUGCGUUUGUUGUGUACCUGGAGAGUGAAACUCUGGUGACCCGGGAGGAGGCAGCUCAGAUACUCGGCAUCGAGGUGGUCAGAGAGAAGGGCUUUCAUCUGGAUGUGGAGGACUACUUGGCCGGCGUGUUGAUCAUGGCCAGUGAACUGUCCCGGCUGGCGGUUAAUAGUGUUACAGCAGGAGACUACAGCCGGCCACUUCGCAUCUCAAACUUCAUCAAUGAGCUUGACUCAGGCUUCCGCCUCCUCAACCUCAAGAAUGACCCCCUACGGAAACGCUACGACGGCCUCAAGUACGACGUGAAGAAGAUCGAGGAGGUGGUGUACGACCUGUCCAUCCGCGGCCUGGCCAAGGAGAUGGACACAGUCGGGGACAAGUAGGACCCAGAGGAGGAGGACGACGAGGAGGCGACCCCCAGGCUGGGACCUCCCCCCGACUGCUGCAGAUCGGAGACCUGAAACCCCACCUGGAAGGCAAGACCCGGGGAUCAUCCUGAGGCCCAGUAGCCCUGGACAGACUGUGUGUUUGUGAGUGUGACUGCAUGCAUGAGAAGAGCUUCAUCUGGAUGGAAGUCUGUCUGAAGGGUGUAGACACUGGACAGACAUCGACACCCUCCCUCUGAGGCAUAGCAGUGAAGGUUCAGCUUGUUCCUGUUAUAUUUUUUUUUCUUUUGUGGAAAACCUGCGUUCAGUUUCAUCGUAGUGGAUGAUACUAUUUCACUGAGUUGGUUUGCAGUUGUUCGAUCUCUUUUGCAACUGAGUUACUGUGUUUCAAUGUUUAAUUCAUCUGAAAAUAAGAUGCUCUGAGUGUUCCAGCCAUAUUUGGCUUAAGUUUAUGUUUAUUUGCAAAAAACAAACCUUUUAAAGUGUUUGUGUUGUUUCAUCAUUUGACACCAUGUUGUAUUUAGUGAUUAUUGUUAAAAGAUGGAGGCUAACACUGAUCCAGACACCUCAUUUAUAUGCAAUAAGAAAUAAAAAAGAAAGUCAACACUAAAUUUAUGGGUCAGACUUUAUCAGUACAAUUUUUUAUGUAUAAAUAUAAGUGAGGCUCUGGGAGAGGUGGGGCCAAAGAAGUAAGGUGCACUUUGUGAGAUUUUAAGCUACUCUGAUUCUUCAGGCUCAUUCUUUUGUAAUUUUUCCAGUGGCAAGAAUCCCUUUCAGAUCAGUGCCAAUAAAUGUCUGUUGAGCCACUUAAUUUCAUUUGUUUUUGAUGAGUCGAAACUCUGGAAAUCUGUGAGCACAUUCUACGAAAUGUUACAUACUGCAUGGAUUGUGUUACUCGUCCCCCGUCCCCCCCCCGUCACUACAAGAUGUCUUAAAGCAAUGUUUCAUUUGCAACCAUGUUUCUAUACUGUAGCUAAGCUGCAUUUUUUUCUAAGAAUUGACUUUCACUCUUC